UGCAGUUCUGGUGCAUUAGGUUGGGAGGAGCAGGCCGGUAGCGUGUCGUCGUUUGGUCCGAUUUGAUCCUUUCUGUUUUGCCUGGUCUCUCGCAGACUUGACGUCAGACCAUUUUCGGUAUGUCUUACUAUUGCGUGUUUGUUGAAAGCGAUGUUUGCGGGCAUAGAAGACCGUCCGGGCAGGUGGGCCGAGGCGGUCCUAUCCACUUCUUCGUUUCGCGUUUAUUUUUGCCUUUUUUUUUUCUUCAUGGAGCGGCAUGGGCUUCGCGCUUUCUCUCGUGACGCACCUCUCUGGCGGAGAGGGAGGUGGCAAGGGGCUCGAGCAUGGCAUUGCAUUCUAGAUAUUGUUUUUUUUUUUUUUUCCUUUGGCUUUCCGAGUUCAUCUGCGCGCUUCGACAAUAGGGAUCAUUGGAGAAUCACGGUAUUGAUCAUGGUUGGGAUACAAUGGAACGGACUCUGUUGGGGGUGUUGGGGUAUUCCUUUUGAGCCAGCAAAAUUUCGACCAGCAGCAACGGAUUUGGGACAUCUGCGAGGCACAUGGAUUGGGAGUCGUGCGUGCGACAAGACUGUUCUGGGUGUCCAUAAUUCUUGUACUGUUCUUCAUCUUAUUUACUGUUCUCGUCUUGUCUUCUACAAACUUUCCGCGGGUUUCGUUCUAUCCCUCAAAAGUCGCGACGUGAUUAUCAGUUUCACCAGUAUAGCCUUUCAGCGUUGAUGUACAGCAUGGUCGACUCCAUUGGCCGAGAUCGGGAGUCAAGCGGCUGGGAUGCAGGUUGCUUCAUGAGGUGGUCUCUGUAUGCAUCUUGAAUCGUUAUCAUCUACUUUAUGCCUGAGCCAGUGCGUGAGAAUGGUGCCGUUGGCCCUUGCUGGGCGGACGGCCGACGCUUGAUUCGACCGGACUACGCCAUGCGUCGGUGAUCGUGGUUACGUUCGUAAUUAUAG